AUGCUCUUCAGCACCUCUGCCAUCGCGGCCAUUGCCGCCCUCACCUCUCUCAGCGCUGCCGCCCCGGCCGCCGAGAGCAGAAACCUCCGCACGCGCGCCGCGGGCGGCAAACUGACCGUGUACUGGGGCGCCCAGGACGACAACCUGUCGCUCAUGGACGUGUGCAACGAUGCCACGUACGACAUUGUCAACCUGGCCUUCCUCGCCUACUUUGACAAGGCCGGCGGCUAUCCGGGGUUGGAGAUGUCGGGCCUCGACGGGCCCUCGGCUGCGCAGCGCGAGGCCGGCGCGACGGGUCUCAAGGACGGUGCGCGGCUCGUACCCGCUAUCAAGAAGUGUCAGGCCAACGGCAAGCUCGUGAUUCUAUCCAUGGGCGGCGCCACUAGUUAUUCGGACGUACGCCUGAGCAGCGACGCGCAGGGCGAAAAGGUGGCCGACCAGGUUUGGAACCUGUUCCUCGGCGGCACCGAUUACAAGGAGCUGCGUCCGUUUGGCGACGUCGACCUCGACGGUGUUGAUCUAGACAACGAAACCAACGACUCAACGGGCUACCUGGCAAUGACCAAGCGCUUCCGCGCCAACAUGGCCAAAAGCGGCAGCAAAAAGUACUACAUGACGGCGGCGCCGCAGUGCCCGUUUCCUGACCAGUCUGAGCCCCUGGCAGUCUGCGAGCUGCUCGACUACGUUUGGGUGCAGUUUUACAACAACGGCAAUUGCAACAUUGCGCAGCCGGGCUUCAACGCAGCCGUCAAGAACUGGAGCAAGGGCAUCGGCAGCGCCAAGCUCUUCAUCGGCGGCCUGGCCUCGGGGGCCGACGGCGAUGAGGGCUAUGUUGACGCCGACACCUUCAUCAAGGCCCUCAAGGGCGUCGAGGCCAUGAAUCUGCCCAACUACGGCGGUGCCAUGCUCUGGGAGGCGCAGCUGUCCAGGAACAAUGGCGAUUUUGCCAAAAAGGUUCGCAGUUCUCUGUGA